AUGGCCAACGCGGGGCUACAGCUAUUGGGCUUCAUCUUGGCCUCGCUGGGAUGGAUCGGCUCCAUCGUCAGCACUGCCCUUCCCCAGUGGAAGAUUUACUCCUAUGCUGGGGACAACAUCGUGACCGCCCAGGCCAUCUACGAGGGACUGUGGAUGUCUUGCGUUUCGCAAAGCACCGGGCAGAUACAAUGCAAAGUCUUCGACUCCUUGCUGAAUCUGAACAGUACUUUGCAGGCCACCCGUGCCUUGAUGGUGAUCGGCAUUCUUCUAGGGCUGAUCGCAAUCUUUGUGUCCACCAUUGGCAUGAAGUGCAUGAAGUGCUUGGAAGACGAUGAGGUGCAGAAGAUGUGGAUGGCUGUCAUUGGGGGUGUGAUAUUUAUCACUUCCGGUCUGUCGAUUUUAGUGGCCACAGCAUGGUAUGGAAAUAGAAUUGUUCAAGAAUUCUAUGACCCCAUGACCCCAGUCAAUGCCAGGUAUGAAUUUGGCCAGGCCCUCUUCACUGGCUGGGCUGCUGCCUCCCUUUGCCUCCUGGGAGGUGCCCUACUUUCUUGCUCCUGUCCCCGGAAAACAACCUCUUACCCAACACCACGGCCUUAUCCCAAGCCAACACCUUCUAGUGGGAAAGACUACGUGUGA